GCUUCGUUUUCAUGCAGACGUGACACGCAUCAACUUGCGGUGCUUUGCUUAGCGCGAAAACUCUAGCCGUGUCCGCGCAAAAAGGGAUCUAAUUGCGGGCAGACGACAGUCGAAGCUGACACCAGACGAAUACUAGCAGACGUCAGUCGAAGCAGACACCAGACGAAUAGCAGACGACGUUACGCUUUGCAUCAAUCUCCGCGUUUCUUGUGAUGAAUAGUUGAUAGAAUCUACUAGAAAUUAACUCGAAAGGGUAUAACCAGUUAGCAGACGAUGACUGAACCGCGUGUGUGGCGCCAUGGUCGUCUGGAACGGUUUCUGCGACGAGCCUUGGGACCUCAGACCGGGCCUCUCGUGUACUCUCCCUGCGUCUGCGUGUGCGCCGACGACAGGCGACCGACUUACAGAUUCGUCGUCCUAACUAAGGACUCUGUGCUACUUGUUGAUCACCCUCCGCGGGCUAUCCGACUAGUAGUUGACAUGGCACGCAUAAGGCAAGUUCGUACGGUGUCCGAUGUAGCUCAGUUCCUGUCUGCUGGUGACAGGCGAGACGUGCAACAUAUCUACAUAUCGUACAGUGAGAACCACAAGGAACAAGAGGGCAGCCACUUGUUGGGGGAACCCGCACCACUGCAGACUUCUUCGGUCGUCUCCAGUCCAGCGCUAAGUCAUGCCAGCACGCAGUCCGAUGCCUGCAUUCAGUCAACCGGUGAAGCCACAACAGCACCUUUAGGACGGCGCCCGAGCCUUCUUCGACGUUUUCUGUCGCAAAGCUUUCGCCGACCAAGUUUACGUCGACAGGACUCCGUGGUAGCUGCCAACUCUAAAUCCGAAUCCAAAGCAGCAGUCGAUAGGAGGGACUCUCAAGUAUCUACCAUGUCGACGGAACCGUCCUGGGAAAACUUCGCAGAGCGAUCCAAAAGGGCGAGCCUCUGGAGCCUGCGAAGCGUGCCAGAAGUCAAAAGUGUGCCAAGCAAGAGCAAGCAUCAACACUUACAUCUCUACCUGCUACGUGGUGGGUCAUCAAUUUUCAGCGCUCUACGGGCUCUUUGGACUCAACAUCUUCUGGACCUCAGUGUUCGCAUGGACCACGACACCAGACGGCGCCGCUCAUACACAAAGGAAUGCACCAAAGAGAUCUUAAGCAAGUUAAAAGACAAGAACCAAUCCGUGGCUGAACUGACGCGGUAUAACCUCACCCCGGGUGAAUUAGCCUCGUCGCCUGAGAUCAUGAGCGCCGUCUACGAGGACCCUGACAUCUUCGACAGUGUCUUGGAAAAGGUUCGAGGUCUCUGCACGAAACCAGCGGACGGACGCAAGCGCCACUGCACAGUUCAAGCCGCAACCGACAGGAUAACAAUGGGCGCUGUCUUGGUUGACAUCCUCGCAAGUUUACUGCGUGCCCGAGUUCUUGUACAUCCCUUUAACCAAGAAGAUGCAAGAGGCGUAACAUCUACUCUGACGUCCCUUCCGUGGAUCCCUCGUCGCAUACGGACAGUUGUCCUGGAUGUCCUAAACGUCUCAUCGCCGCCGAAAGACUGGGAAUCCCUUCCUGAAGCACCGGUGGCCAGAGCUCUCUGUUCCUACCUCGUAUCCAACGCUGCUUUUCUAAGCUGUCUCAUUGGUUUGGCUGAUCAGGUAAUCGUUACAUCGUCGCAUGCAAACGGCCAAUCUUGGAUCAUUAAAGAGCUCACCAGGGACACCAAUACGAAAACUCUGGCGUCCCUCUACGUAGCUCGCGCCGUGCGAUUGACAUCUGACUCGCAGCUCGAACCGUCGCAGUGUGUGUCUCUGUACCACUACCUCAGGGUCGUCGAAGCUGUCAUGCCCACCACGAGCGACGCAAACAGCGAAGAACAAACUCCCUUCGCGGAGGAAUUCAAGUAUUUCCUAACGCCAGAAAUAGUAGGAGCCAAGCUGCCCCAUGACCUUCCUAUCAAGUUCCAUCUACUAAAGCUUAUCGAAGUCAUAAAGAGGAAGUUCACGAGUGAUUCCUGAACUCCUUCCAAGUUUGAUCCGUCCACGCUAGUAAUAUACAGGGUGUAUGCUAUAAAAGGUCAGUCACAUUUUCGUGCAAAAAGUGAUACCUCCUUGAUGCUAUACCUCUAUCACGAAAAGACUUUCUCUGCCUCAAAGUGAAUCAUUUAUGCUAGAGGAACCUACGAAACGAUUGUGGUUACCUAGCAUUGUGUAACAAAAUAAAUAUGACCAUGCAAACUUUCACCUCCAUCCAUCGGUAUUGCGCAUAGGAAACACAUGAAGACGAAAGUUUCCGUGGCCGUGUUUACUUUCUUACGCAGUGAAUGGUAACCACAAUUUUUUCGUAGGUUUCUCUGGCAUAAGUGAUUCACUGUAUGGCAGCACAAGUCCGUCUCUCAAAUAGAUAUAGUGUCACCCGCGAAAAUGUCACUGACCUUUUAUAGCAUACACCCUGUAUAUUGGCGUGACUUGCUGCACUGGAUGCAUCGUCAAAAGACACUUUCAAGACCGGUCAAGACGGCAGAAACGGUUCGGAUUUCGGCUAUGUCUUUCUUGUACAUACUUAC